AUGGAGAUGGGACAUAGGGGAGGAAUGACUCACACCAAAGUCCUUAUGGUGACAAAGACCCUACUCCUGAUCACAGCACAGCAUCAUGGUUUGCCAGAACCCAAUAAAGACCACAUCUUCGAAGGCCUGACGCAGGACCAGGGGUUUUACACAUCCAAAGACUUUUUGCCACUUGUCGCCAAAGGCAGUAAAGCAGGAAUGUGCGCCUGUCACUCUCCAUUGCCAUCGAUACGGGGAGCCGUGAUUGUACUUGGAGCUGGAGACACUGCCUUUGACUGUGCAACGUCUGCCCUACGUUGCGGAGCCCGCCGUGUGUUCAUCGUCUUCAGAAAAGGCUUUGUUAAUAUAAGAGCUGUCCCCGAGGAGAUGGAGCUUGCUAAGGAAGAGAAGUGUGAAUUUUUGCCUUUUCUAUCCCCACGGAAGGUUUUAGUAAAAGGUGGGAGAAUUGUGGCUAUGCAGUUUGUUCGGACAGAGCAAGAUGAAACUGGAAAAUGGAAUGAGGAUGAAGACCAGAUCGUCCACCUGAAAGCUGAUGUAGUCAUCAGUGCCUUUGGUUCAGUUCUCAGUGACCCUAAAGUAAAAGAAGCUUUGAGUCCUAUAAAAUUUAACAGAUGGGAUCUCCCCAAAGUAGAUCCAGAAACUAUGCAAACCAGUGAACCAUGGGUGUUUGCAGGUGGUGAUGUUGUUGGCAUGGCUAACACCACAGUGGAAUCAGUGAAUGAUGGAAAGCAAGCUUCCUGGUAUAUGCACAAAUAUAUUCAGUCACGAUAUGGAGCUUCAGUUUCUCCCAAGCCUGAACUACCGCUCUUUUACACUCCUAUUGAUCUGGUGGACAUUAGUGUGGAAAUGGCUGGACUGAAGUUUAUAAAUCCCUUUGGUCUUGCUAGUGCAACUCCAGCUACCAGCACGUCAAUGAUCCGAAGAGCUUUUGAAGCUGGAUGGGGUUUUGCCCUAACCAAAACUUUCUCUCUUGAUAAGGACAUUGUGACUAAUGUUUCACCCAGAAUCAUCCGGGGGACCACCUCUGGCCCCAUGUAUGGCCCUGGACAAAGCUCCUUCCUGAAUAUUGAACUCAUCAGUGAGAAAACGGCUGCAUAUUGGUGUCAAAGUGUCACUGAACUAAAGGCUGACUUUCCAGACAAUAAACCGCCGGGAGCGGCCACUACUUGGCUUCCGGCCUUGCCGCGGCUGCCCUCAGCGCCGGGUCGGACCGCACAGCCCCGCUGCCGAGACUCGGUGUCCAGCGACUGGG